AUGGCAAACAACUCGCAGCCCGGCCGCUCAGCGAAGCCAGACCCGUUCCUGGCAGAGCUGAAUGCCGUGAACAAUCACUUGGCUACGCCGGGCUUUCUCCAGCGUUUGACGCCGUCGCAAUUGCCCUCUGCAGCUGUUAGCGACUCGUCGUCGCUCAGCCCCACCCGAGAGGAAGCACGGUCUCGGCGUCCUCGCCCAUCGCAUCUCAACCUGGCCGUCGCCUUUGAGAGUGAGAAUGAGAUUGAGCACGUCGACUUGAUCUCGCCGCUGAUUCAGGAGCCCUGUGCCGACGGUAACCCCGGCAGCGUUGAGCAGCACAUUGCCGACCACCUCGAAGUAGCCUUUGUGUGCGCACACCGUGCCUACGCCACCAUGGCCGCAGAGCGCAGCUUCUCGACGUUUGCGCAUGGCCACCAGGACCUCGUGCUCGCCGUCGACUUCAACUACUUUGGCAACCGCAUGGUCACGGCGAGUUCGGAUCAUCGCCUCAAGGUCUGGGACAAGAAGGACGACGCAUGGACCCUAGUCGAGAGCUGGAAGGCACACGAUGCCGAGAUUGUGGAUGUCAAGUGGAACGGCCCCUUCAUGGGCGAGGUUGUCGGCAGUAUUGGCGAAGACGGCCGCUGCAAGCUCUGGCAAGAGGACGUGACCGAAGUCGCCAUGUCUGGUAACCGCUUCAAGUUGCUUUACAAUCUUGCAUCACUUACCAAUGCCCCCUUUAUGUCUCUGGACUUCAAGAAUAUCAUGCAGGAGACCUGGCUUGCACUCAUCACCCGUGACGGCUACCUGACUGUCUAUGAGCCUCAAGAUCAGACCAACCUUCAUGAGUGGACCAUCCUGGCUGAGCGUUGGGUGUCUGAGAACAACCCUCCCGAGCGUCAAGAAGAGGUAGGCUUCAAGGUCGUCUUCCACAAGGAGAAGCUGCCAUGCUGGACCGCCAUCACGGCUGGCUUGGACCGCAAGUCACUUUCGCUCGCUGUUGCUGCCAUGAAGGACGUCCUAGUCUUCCGCACCGACAAGGCUAAGCGCUUCUUCCAAGUUGCGAAGCUCGAGGGUGCGCGCGGUAUCAUUCGGGACUUGGCUUGGGCAAACGGCUCCAUGCGCGGCUAUGAUAUCCUGGCCACAGCUAGCAAAGAUGGAGCUAUUCGCAUCUACGAACUUCACACCAAGAACGACGAGAAGACCCAAGCAUCUGGAGCAGCCUCAUCUUCUGUUAUCCAGGCCGUUCCUCCGCGCCAAGUUCCCCGACAGAACGCGCCAUCUGGCAUAGGAGCUGGUCUGGCUGGUGUUUCCAAGGCACCCGACGCGCCCCUUGAGUACGGCCAACACCCCGGUCGUAUCGAGCAGGUGCCUACAUUGACAGAUGAACUUACCAACCACCAUGGAGCGGUUUGGCGGGUCACAUUCUCACAGAUGGGAGAUCUUCUUGUAUCAACCGGAGACGAUGCUAGCAUUCGUACCUGGAAGAAGGCUGCUGACGGUCACUGGUUGGAGUACGCCCAGAUUGAGACCGCUCAGGAGGACUAA